CCCGGCCAAGCCUCUCGGAGUCUCGGUGCCCAGUUGAUCCGAUCCGAAGGCUACUCUGACUUCUCGCGAGUCGCAGGUUGCGCGCAGUCCUUUGAAACUUGAGCAGAACGAGGGCGGUUGCCUAGGCCCUGCAUGGGAGCUGCCCGCCCUGGUGCCGCAAAGAAUGGUCGUCAUUAGCAGACGUUGACAGAGGCGUUGGACAAGCGGAGGACACGACGUGGGGCCACAAGAUGCUGCUUUGAUGGGGUGAAGAACAGCGGAGCGAUGGCGAUUCCGGUAGCCAAUCCAAAAACAACGCUUUAUAUUGGCGGGCUGGACGAGGCGGUUACGGAGGGCAUCCUGCACGCGGCGUUCAUUCCGUUCGGGGACAUCAAGGACAUCAACACGCCCCUGGACCAGGCCACGCAGAAGCACCGCGGCUUUGGCUUCAUCACAUACAUGGAAGCGGAAGAUGCUGCGGCAGCCCUGGACAACAUGAACAACGCAGAGCUGUACGGACGCGUGCUCACAGUCAAUGUGGCGCAGCCCAUCAAGAUCAAGGGAGGAGAGCAGGGCUGGGCAAAUCAACCGGUCUGGGCUGAGGCGGACACAUGGUUUGAGCGGCAGCAGCAGGAGGAGGAGUUGGAGCGGCUCAAGAAGGAGCAUGAGGAGGACGUGCGCAGGGGGCAGGCACAGGCGAAAGUUCAAGUACCGGGACGCGAUGUUGAAGAGGAAGAGCCUACUAACGGCAGGGGUGAUUCUAUGGAAGAAGCUGAGGCUCAAGCAUUGACAACAUAGCACUCUCACCAAAACCAAUUUGUAUCAAGUCGGAUCCACCUAGACCGAUCAAAAAUCGAGCUACGUGUAUGCCAUGGAAGCAUAUGGCCUAUGUGGCUACUGUAUGGCGUUUUGGAAAGAGAUUGUCAAGUUGGACCCAUCCUUACUAGAUGCAAAUGCCUCCCAAAUUUGAAUGUCCAACUUGAAAGAUUGCCAGGUUGUUUUCACUUUUUGACUUGUUGACUUCUGAGUUUCGAGUCAAGUUUGUUG